AUGGCUGCAGAGCUGCAGUAUCGGGGCAUCAGCAUUGGAUACGGCAUCAGCUACCCUCACUUCACCCAGAGUGCGGAGCAGGCCAUGCCAGGGGCGAAGACGGUUUUCGAUGUUCUGGAGUGGACCUUCGGCAUUCUCUUCAUGGUCGAAGCCGCCAUCAAGCUCUGGGGCUUGCGCUGCAGUUAUUUUCAGGAAGUAUGGAACUGGUUCGAUUUUGCCCUGGUGUGGCUUUGGAUAGCUGACCGUCUGCUGGAGAACCUGCCCUUCGAUACUUCUCUCCUCCGCUUACUGCGAUUGGCACGAUUGCUUCGCCUGGUAAAGCUGGCGCGCACGGUUCAGGGUUUCGAUGCCCUUGCAGUCAUGACAACAUCGCUGUAUGGAAGCGUGCAUGCCCUGAUAUGGGUAGCAGCACUGCUGAUCCUCGUACAAAUGACCUUUGCCCUCCUGCUGAGCCAGGUCCUCCUCUUCUACGUCGAGGAUGAAGCUGCUGAUCUGGCAGAUCGACAAGUCGUCUUCGAGUACUUCGGCAAUUUCACGCGGAGUAUUCUCUCGAUGUUUGAGAUAACACUCGGCAACUGGCCGCCCAUCGCGCGGAUUCUCCAGGAGAAGGUCAGCUCCUGGUUUGUUGUCUUCAGCCUCCUGCACAAGAUAGUCUUCGGCUUUGCUUGUGUUGCUGUCAUCAACGGCGUCUUCAUGCAAGAGACCUUCAAGGUCGCCCAGCAAGAUGACCAGAUCAUGCUGAGGACGGUGGAAACAAAACGUAUGGCCCACAGGAAGAAGAUGCAAAUGUUCUUCCAGCAUGCCAACGAUGAUGAUGACAAGGUCCUGUCGCCCGAGGAGUGGAGGGAGGUGCUUGCAGAAGAGAAGGUGAAGCAUUGGUUCGCCGCGCAGGGUCUGAGCAUCUCUGACCCCGACCUCUUGUGGGACAUUCUGGACACCUCCGGGGACAGGGAGCUGGACUUGGAAGAGCUGAUCCAAGGAACUGCCCGCUUGCAGGGACCUGCCCGAAGCCUUGACCUAGCCGUGCUCAAGAUGGAGCACUACCGCACUUUGGGCGCUGUCAAGGACAUCCGAACUUCCGUGGACAUGCUCCGGCAGCAGAUGAACCUGCUGGUCAGGAAUUCCUUGGAUGUUGCUGUCAGCUUCGACGCUUGA